AUGGAGGCCUUCCUCGCCGGCCUCUUCGGGGCGCCUCCACGCGCCGUCCCCGGCCCUCGGGGCACGCCUCUCUCCGGCCUUCCUCUCUUCCACGGCAGGCGCCGCAGACGGCCGUCCUCGUCCGUGGUCUGUAUGGCGGAGCCCUAUCUGAUUGCCAAGCUGGAUUCUGCGGAGAAGGCCUGGAAAGAAAUGUCGGUUAGGUUGGCAGAUCCUGACAUUGUCUCAGAUCCAAGCGAAUACCAAAAACUUGCGCAGUCUGUUUCUGAACUGGAUCAGGUCGUGACUACAUACAAGCAAUUCAAGGAUUGUGAGAGGCAACUUGAAGAGACAAAAGCUCUGGAAAAAGAGAACGAAGAUGACCCUGAUAUGUCAGAGAUGAUAGCUUCUGAGCUGGAGGCUCUAUCUAACCAGCUUGCAGAGCUUGAAGAAAAAUUGAAGUUACUACUGCUUCCCAGUGAUCCUCUAGAUUCACGCAACAUCUUACUUGAAGUAAGAGCAGGCGCUGGUGGUGACGAAGCUGGAAUUUGGGCUGGUGACCUUGUACGCAUGUAUCAGAAAUACUGUGAGCGCAACAAUUGGAAGUUUAAGCCAGUUUCUUGCUCAGAAGCAGAAAUGGGUGGAUACAAGACAUAUGUAAUGGAAGUCAAGGGGAAACAAGUCUAUAGUAAAUUGAAGUUUGAGUCAGGCGUACACCGUGUUCAGCGUGUUCCCCUGACAGAGACUAUGGGUCGUGUUCAUACGUCAACAGCAACUGUAGCUAUUAUGCCAGAGGCUGAUGAAGUUGAUGUGGUUAUUGAUCCUAAAGAUAUUGAGCUUAAAACAGCAAGAUCUGGUGGAGCUGGAGGGCAGAAUGUUAACAAGGUGGAGACGGCUGUUGAUCUUAUUCACAAGCCUACAGGAAUAAGGAUAUUCUGUACUGAAGAGAGAUCACAGCUACAGAACAAAGAGCGGGCAUUUCAAUUGUUGAGAGCAAAACUUUACGAGAUAAAAUUAAGGGAGCAACAAGAGGCAAUAAGAAACCAGAGGAAAUUGCAGGUUGGUACUGGUGCUCGAUCUGAGAAGAUAAGGACAUACAAUUACAAGGAUAACAGAGUGACAGACCAUCGAUUAAAGAUGAACUUUGAACUGACCGGCUUCCUUUUAGGAGACAUCGAAUUGGCUGUUCAGUCUUGUGCUACAAUGGAGCAGCAGGAGCUCUUGGAGGAAAUGGCCAGUUCUGUGGGCGCAGUGAACGUAUGA